GAGAAGAAACCAAGAGCGGUGGCGGAUAUGCCACUUCUGGAGAAGAACUUGAAUGAACUGCAUCGGAUGAUGGAUAGGUUUGAUAAGACGUCGCAGGAUAAGACCGCGUUCCAGAAGGCUCAGGGUCUCCAAGUUUUGGGGCAAUUGUUAGCCGUCGCCUCCGAGAAGGAAGAUUUAGCCGUCCAGUUCAGCACCAAGUCGUUGUGGUCGGCGGUGCAGAUGGUGUCGCGGCUGGCGCCGAGCGCGCCGCGGCUGCUGGCCACGAGUGCGCCGGCGCACCUCGCGCGGAUACUCUCCAACCAGCUCGAGAAAGACCUCCAAUCGGAUCCGAAAGAGAUGGAGCUAGCGAAACAACUGAGCGACUGUCUAUCAGUCGCUUUGGAUUCCGUGCUGUGUUCCACCAGGCUGUACGAAGAGAAGCGGGUGACCGGAGACCUGGAACAACUAGCCGCCUUGAGGAACAGGGCUCACACGCUGAUCAGUUAUUUGUGUCUUUGUGGGUGCAUAUCUCGGGCGGAGAAGGCUGGCGAGGCUCGGGAGAGUGUUCAGACGUUGCUGACUGUUUGCGCUGACCUCUGCCAUCCCUGUGAUAUUGAUGUCGGCUCCGAGCGUGCAUCAGCGAUCCAAUCCCUCCGCUGCGCGCUCGGCACAAGCGUGUGCGGCUCUCGCGCAGAGUUCUGCAUGCUGUUCGCGUCGGGAGCGGGACUUGCGCACAGCGGCGGGUUCGUGCGCGCCGCUCGCACCGCGCAUCUGCUGCGGGCUCUGGCAGAAUUGGAUCAUCAGAUCGUGCAAGACGCAUUCGGUGAAGGCGGUUGGCCGCUGGAGUUCAGGGCAGCAGUGGCGAGACUUCUGUCGCAGCACGCGCCCAACGACAAAGAGGCGCCGAGAACCACUGCGCUGCGACUGAGCAACCAGCGGCUGGAUCAGACCUUGUCCGAAGCGAUGGUGCUGGACCUGAUCGUGCUAGUCGGCUUCGUGGUGGUCAACAACCCGCAGUUACAGGAGACGAUCUGCGACGGCUGGAGUGUUAUCAAGACCUUAUGCACAUUACCUGCUAACUGGCUGGUGUCGAAGGCGCAUUGCCACGCGCUGCUGCCGACGCUGGUGGCGCUGUCUGAAAGGCCCAGCGCGGCCGCGGCCAUAGCUUCGGAGCUCAGCGUUGAGAUGCUAGAAGAAUACAUGAAGAGUCCGGAGGCGCAGAAGGUGAAACUUGUCCAGGUGAUAAAACAGGGAAGGAACAAGAAGGCCGGUAAGAAAUGAACACAUUUAGAAUUAAACACACAAGGGACUAAGACUAACAGGGAGGUCGGAGGGAAUGCUGCGUUUACGCAUAGCCCUAAAUUUUUUUUUUCAAGUAUCAAACAUUUUAAAAUGUAUCUUGUAAUGUAGUUAUUGUACGGAGUACGAAACGUUUGAAUCGUCUCGUGACUUUAAGGGUUAGGCAAUGCUUAAUCUGGAUAUUUGGAUGGGAGGCCGUUUGUUUUUUGUGUUGGUAAGCGACUAAGUCGAGUGAAGUCGUCAGUCCUCAAAAGGACUUGAUGACUUAAUUUGAGAAUCGUUGACGCCUUGAUACUGAGCAAAACGAUUUUUGCGUACAAUCGGAUCUCUUAGGAAUGUAUGAAGAAAUGCUUAACGUAUUAGGAAUUCAGGAGAUCAUUAUUUUUUUCCCCCUUACAAAAAUGAAUUUUGGGAAAAUUUUGACUAGCUAUUUUUCUACAACUGUUAGUAAAAAAAAUAAUUACUAUACACUUCUGAUAUAUAGCGUAGCUUUUCACUCGUAAUCACUCGAUUUCUUUUUUGUGUUACAUGUAAUCGAAAAAUAAUAUGUGUUUAGCACCGUAAAAUAAAUGUUGUUUUGUAGAAUCAGUUUUUUUGUAAAAGUUCUAGAAGCCUCAAGAGUAAUUUGUUUGAAAUCACCAGUAAUAUGUUUUCGCGAAACGACGCGUUAUAAAAAUCCUUGAGAAAAUAUGCGUUUUAUUAUUUUAUUCUAAAUAAAUUCUAAUGUGUACACUCAAGAUUAUUUUGAUUGCUUUUUAAUAAAAUCAAUUCUAUAAUUUGUGCAAAUUACUGAGAAAUUUUUGUUUAGCAUUUAUAAUAAUAUGGAUAUUGGCACUUAAAUUAAGAAAUAUGUUAACAUAAAUAUCUUUGUCAAUAGUAAACAUGUUUCUGCGAAUGUAGAUUCAGGAUCUGUUGUCAAGUAUUUAAAACGUUUUCAAAUCAAUUUCAUAAUACUAUUAAGUAUAUUAUAUAACGUUUGCGUAUCAAAAUUAUAGUGGACUUCUGAAAAUCUUUAUGAAAUGUAUCAAUGAUUGUAUUAAUAUUAUAUUCUUGUCAUGAAAUGCUAUGGAAUAACACGUUUUCAUAGGCCGUAGCAAAGCACAUAAAACACAUACCUAAAUACAUUAUAAAUCCCUUUUGAAUAUAUAAACCGUUAACCGAUAUACGCAGUUCUAAAUUUAAAAUUCGUAUUACAAUCACAGCGGCAGGAUUUGUUUAAAUUUCGAAUAUUGAUUUAUCUCGUGCAUAAAAAAACUCGGGUAAGUUUUAGGAAUUUUCCAAAAAAACUGGUUCUACAUAGACCGGGACAUGUUUAAAUUUUAAAUUAUUAUGAAUGACUGACAAUGCUACUCACUGUAUACUUAGUUUUAAAUGUAUGAACGUUUAUGUUAAUGUCAAGUAUUCAAAUAUUUGAAGGUACAAUUGAGAAUACAUUAUUAAUACAAUAUUGAAGAAUGCUAAUAAAAUUGUGCCAGUUAAUUGGGUCUCGUGAGAAUAUUUCCUUGUUUGUGAGGUCGUACAAUUUAUAGGUGUCUUAAAAAAUACGCGUGUAUCAAUAUUUUUGAAAUAUGUCAAUUGUGCCUUCGGAAUAAUACUACUACCAAGGUAUUACAAAAGGCGUAGUGCCUUUAAAAAUGUAUGCUUAUGACGAAACAUUCUUUAUGGGUGUUCACGCGCUGUACGUAUUCAAUGCGAAACGGUCAUGUUGCGUUUCGCAUUGUUACCCGCGAAUAUACGCAUUGAUAGAAGCGAAUACGCACCGGUAGCUUUGAUGUGUGUUGGUAGUUGCGAAUUUGUAAUGAUGCCGACCAAUCCGCACAAUAUCAAUUAACAAUGUAAUCGUACAAUGCUUUUUAUGUUUUAAUUUAUCACUUUAACAGCCGAUGUUUUAUUUGGUAAAUACGCCAACAUCAAUGCGUAAAUUCUCAUUCGGAACAUCGCUGUUACGCAGAAAUCAAUUUAAGUUGUUUUGUAUACAAACACCAUAGGUAUUUUGAUUCUUUAUUUUGGAGCUAAAUUCUCUAAAAUUAAAACUUCUAUAGCUAAUCGAAUAAUUGAAUAUUACUAUGAACGUGUGAAUACAAAGUUAUUUAAUGUAUUCUUCUUGGUGCCUUUAUUUCGUCCGGUGUAGGAUCCUCUGAUGCACCAAAAACCCAUACUAUUUGGUGACACGACGUCAGUCUUUUCAAUAUUUGUUCUCUAAUAUCAAUAAAACUGGACUUUCAUAAAUAACAUACCUCGAAUUUAUCGAGUCGUCACGUCAUCAUGUCUGAGGAAUUUAAUCCGCGAUUUAUUUGCAAUGCUAUGUUUGGCAUACAAAACUGUCUCUUUUAGACUGACUUGAAUUAAAUAGCGCUAUUUUCCAAUAAGAUUUCCUAUAGAAGUUUUACUUUUCCCGUUUUGGUGAUAAAUAUCAUCGCUAGGUUUGUAACGACUAUACCUAUGCAUCUUACGGUUUAUAUCACGAAGAGUGGCAAAAAGUUAUGAUUGCUGGUUAGUAUUAAGAUCAUACUUUUCGUAAGAGGGUGGUAACAAAGAUGAUUAUUGAUUCUUGGGGUGUAUAAGAUGUCCUAUACCAACGGUGAGCUUCUCCGAAUCCGAUUUUAAAAAUGACCAAGAUCCAAUAUGUUAUAUUCAACAUAGGGGACAUUUUUAAAUAGUAGAAUGGUGAACCAAAUGGGAUUGUAAGCUGUAUUUAACCAUUUUAGACUGGUAUCGUGCGCGUAACCCUAAGCUUUUGAAUGCCAUGAAUAUAUACCCUCAAGCAUCAACUACUUCGGGUACCUAAUCUUGAUUCAUCCUGGAUACCUUAGAUGAUGAGAUGACCUUAAUACCAACCAAGUGUAUAUUCGUUACAAAUUUACAAAGAGUAUAUACAAAGUUAUAAAGAGAACAUCAAUUUUUUUCGUUUCAAAAUCGACGGCAAAAUGAUUUCCUUCUUUACUUUCAGUUCUUGUGAUAACAUUGGACUAUUACUAAAACUGUGAUUUUUUUAUAUUGUAUAUUUUUAUUAUUAUUUUUUUUAAUAUUAAUCGUAUAUAAACAAAGCAAACGUAAUAUAUUUUAGUUCGUUUAUUAAAUUUAGGCGAUUAGUGACACUAUAGUCUCUUCGGUAUUCUGCUAAUGUGAAAGUAGGGGUGUCUAUGGCGCCUUGUUCAUUUUGUGAACUUCCUUAUUUAUUUCUGUACCAAUAUUAGUUAAUAAACAACCCUACGUUCAGAAAGUAUUUAAGCGGUUUUAUGUAGCAACUGCAGACUUACUUUUAUUUCUUAACUACAUAAUGGCGUUGCAAUAGUUUUGAAAUCAUAUACAGUAUUGAUUGGACCAUAAUUAGUAUUUAUUGCAGGUGAUUAAAAUUAAUGAUCGUUAUUUGAAAUAAUAAUAUUGGUAUUUCCAUUUUGUUUAGAAAUAAGGGUUCGUUACUAAGUUGUUAUACUUUCUUACGGUAGUAACCACUGGUAUUUAUCACCACAAUGCUUGUACGUUUGACGUUACCAACUCAAUUAUAAAUCAAGUCUAUUAUUCCAUAUUUUAAAAGUAUUAUUUUACUUUCAAUCAAUAAUUUGGUAUUCAUUUAAGUCUAGCAUAUUGUGUUAUUUAAUUCAAAUGCGUAAUGCAUUGUUCGACAUCCACUAUGUUGGGCAAUGCGAAAUCUUUUUUCUUUGGUAACUCAAUUGAUGCGCAAAGCAUUGUUAUUGCAUUGGUCAAUGCGAAAUGUUUUUUUUAGUUGGUUAUGUCAACGUGCGAUAUAUUAUGUUGAGCAUCAUGUUGCCGAUCAUUCUUUUCCGAGCGUCACGAUACCCCCGCUUUCCCAGUAGAGCGCCGCACGUAUUGUGAAUCUGUGAUUUGGUUCAGUCGAGCUAUUUGUUUCAUGUAACCUCACGUGUAUUUUCGUGUAAAGUGCCGAAUAAAUAUGUUAUUUGUGUAACAGUA